AUGAGGUUCUCUACAGUGCCGGUCCUUUUGGGACUAGCUGGUCCCGCCUGCGCGAGUGCCCUUGCGAGACGGCAGGCGGGCUCUUUGCAGAGCUGCCCCGGGUAUGAGGCGAGCAAUGUGAAGGAUGAAGGAGCGAAGCUUACGGCGGAUCUGAGCCUUGCUGGAGAAGCCUGCAAUGCGUACGGCGAGGAUCUGACGAGCCUGAAGUUGGAGGUCGAGUACCAGACUGAGAACCGCUUGCACGUCAAGAUCUACGAUGCAGAUGAGCAGGUGUACCAGGUGCCUGAGAGCGUGUUCCCGCGACCUGGCAGCGACGAUUGCGAGGCUGAAGAGUCGGCGUUGGCUUUCCAGUGGAUGGAGAAGCCGUUCUCGUUCAGGGUGGUGAGAAAGAGCACCAAUGAAACGCUUUUCGAUACUUCGGCAGCCAGCCUGGUUUUCGAGAGUCAGUAUCUGCGGCUUAGGACGAGUCUACCAGACGCGCCUCACCUGUAUGGCUUGGGGGAACAUACGGAUCCUUUCCAGCUGAACACUACCAACUACACUAGAACCAUGUGGAACCGUGACGCAUACGGCGUUCCCGGAGGUACCAACCUAUAUGGACACCAUCCGAUCUACUUCGACCACCGUGGCUCUUCUGGCACCCACGGCGUCUUCCUUCUGAGCUCGAACGGCAUGGAUAUCAAGAUCGACAACACUGACGGCCAGUUCCUCGAAUACAAUACCCUUGGUGGUGUUCUGGACUUCUACUUCAUCGCUGGCCCGACACCCAAGGACGUGGCCGUACAGUACUCUGAGAUCGUCGGAAAGCCCGCCAUGCAGCCGUACUGGGGUUUCGGCUUCCAUCAGUGCAGGUAUGGGUACCAGGAUGUGUAUGCUGUGGCUGAGGUUGUUGCAAACUACUCGGCAGCAGGCAUUCCACUUGAGACUAUGUGGACUGAUAUCGACUACAUGGAGCUUCGUCGCGUCUUUACCCUGGACCCGGAAAGAUUCCCUCUCGAAAAGGUCCGGGAACUCGUCAACUACUUGCACGAACACCAGCAGCAUUAUGUCGUCAUGGUGGAUCCUGCGACUUGGCGAGGUGAUUAUGAGGCGUACAACGAGGGCGUCAGCCGUGAUAUAUUCUCUAAGCUACCCAAUGGCACAAUCUACGUUGGCGCGGUAUGGCCUGGACCUACGGUUUUCCCUGACUGGUUCCAUCCCUCAACUCAAGGAUACUGGGACGACCAGUUCCUGAAGUUCUUUGACGCUGAUACUGGUGUCGACAUCGAUGCGCUCUGGAUUGAUAUGAACGAGGCAGCGAACUUCUGCCCGUACCCUUGCGCCGACCCUGAUGCAUUUGCAAACAAAUCAGGAAACCCUCCUAAACCACCACCAGUGCGGAACAACUCUGGUCGCCCGAUCCCAGGCUUUCCUGGGGACUUCCAACCCCCGCCAACUUCACAGCGUUUGCUGGUACGCCAGGAGAACGGAACCGACAACUGGCUUGGUCUUCCCGGACGCGAUCUCAUCAACCCCGAGUACAAGAUUCAGAACGCUGCAGGCUCCAUCAGUAACUUGACAGCGCCGGCAGAUAUCUUGAACUACGACGGCACUCACCAAUACGACACCCACAAUCUCUACGGCAGCAUGAUGUCAAUCGCGUCGCGUCAAGCUCUGCUUGCUCGUAGGCCCGAACGACGCCCGCUUGUCAUCACCCGCUCCACAUACGCUGGCGCUGGCUCACACGUGGGCAAGUGGCUCGGAGACAACCUCUCCACAUGGCACCACUACAAGAACUCCAUCAGUGGUAUUCUCCAAUUUGCGUCCAUCUUCCAGGUUCCCAUGGUCGGUGCUGACGUCUGUGGCUUCGGUGACAACACCACCGCGACCCUGUGCUCCCGCUGGGCCUGGCUGGGUGCUUUCUACCCCUUCUUCCGAAACCACAAUGGCUUUGACUCCAUCGCCCAAGAGUUCUACCUAUGGCCGGAAGUGAUCGAGGCAAGCAAGAACGCAAUCGACACUCGCUACCGCCUCAUCGACUACAUCUACACAGCUCUCCACAAGCAAUCCGAGACCGGCCUUCCGCUCCUCAACCCCCUCUUCUUCCAUUACCCAGAGGACCUCAAUACCGCCCCCAUCGACCUGCAAUUCUUCUUCGGCGACGACCUCCUCGUCAGCCCCGUCACCGAGGAAAACAGCACAGACGUGUCCAUCUAUCUCCCUAAAGAUACCUUCUACGACUUCUUCACGCACGAGAAGGUUGAGGGUGCGGGGUCGUUUGUCAACUUGACGGGUGUCGCGUUUACGACGAUGCCGCUGCACAUCCGCGGUGGGUCGAUUAUUCCUCUGCGCGCGGAGUCGGCGAAUACGACGACUGAGGUGAGGAAGAAGGACUUCGUUCUGCUUGUCGCGGUGAACGCCACGAACCAGGCAAGCGGCGCGCUCUACCUGGAUGAGGGUGAUGCGGUUGAGCAGCCGGAAACUAGCAUGAUUAAUUUCAGCUAUGACAACGGGAAGUUGAGCGUUGAGGGCACAUUUGGGUACAAGACCGAUCUUGUAAUCAAGAGUGUUACGGUUCUCGGUGCCAACGCCAACUCGACCGGCGGUGGGUAUCAGACGGAGGAGAGCGCCGCGAGCAAGAGCUUCGACGGGCCGAUUAGUCUGAGUGAAGCGUCGAGUCACACUUUGUAA